CCUUUGAUACCUCAAAACACCAAUAUUCUUGUAAAUUCAUCCUAUGAUAAUCUUACUGCUGAACAAAAAUAUGAAAAUUUAACCAAAGGCACGGAUCCAUUUACUAGUGUACAAGAAACAGAAGGCCAGACAGUUCAUAG